AUGAGAAAGUUCACCAUUGACAGUUUCCGUCGCUGGAUACCUAGAAACAAGGGCACCGGAGGCAAAAGUCGCACAGCCCGAGGAGGAGGUGGUGGUCGACAACAAGAUCUCCCCCCCGAGAAGGUGACUCGACUGCUUCACCAGGCGAGGAAGCUCGCCUCGAUCCUCCGCCAUGCGAAUCAAGGAUACAUCAACCCGCUGGAGAACGUGUUGCGCAUGACCUAUGGAAGAAAAGGGCCUAGGAAAUAUGACCUUUUGGAAAAGUUCUUACAACAUCCGGCCAGCCCAACUUCUAAAGGCGAUCAGGAAUCUUUGAAAGACAGCGAGGUCCCAAAUCCCUCAACUGCGGAAACGUCGCUCACAGAUGCCGUCCGCUCUGCUGGUCUAGGGUUGGAUGAAGUGCUGAGACGCGACGCCGAGGAGAUCUCUGAAAGCACCACAGAUGAAGAGACCCUAUACCCCUCGUUACUCCCGACAGUCACAACCGCGCCCCGCGAUAACUCUGCUCCUCGGUCCUCUGCGAAGCAAAAGCCGCCGAACGACAAAUGGAAAUACGAGAUACCCCCGCGCCUCCUCGCCCUGAUCACGUCACAAGCGGGUGAACAAAUCUACUUUACGCGUGUCGGCGCCCAUCUAAAAGUCAAACCAAGAUUCAACCCUCCCCAGACGACCAUAUGGGGCACACCCCUCCCCCAGUCGCGAUACAAAAACCUGCGCAUCAAAUGGUACAACCACAACAUCAAGGCCGUGCUGCCUCCUUUGCCGGAAGACGAAUACCAAGAGCUCCAUGAUCUGGUAAGCGGGAAAAAGGAGGUGGGACCGUUUGCAACGCGUCGGAGGCCGACACGGACGUCGACAGACGACAUGGAGCAAAGCUGGCUUGAGAGUCAAUCCUCUUUGAUAUUAGAAGGUCCGCGGCCGGGGUCCCGCCUCAAGGAUUGGCACAUCGGCCGCCCUCACGAGAUCACGCCUCGACUUCUCCGAAGGUUGCUUUCCCGCGUGGUAUUAAAGCAGACUCCCUUCGCCAAGAGUGCGGCUCCCAACACCAAGGAAGCGGCGGAUAUUGGGUUGGUCUUCUACUGGGACGAUGGCAUGUCAAGGGACGAGAUGGAGAAAGCCCAGCGGAAAAUAUCGGGAUCACUGAGAGGGCGGCAAUCCAGGCUUUUGUUUGGGUAA